AUGUUCCAGAAACAAACCUUUGGUACGACCAACACUGGGUUCGGUAAUACGUCAUCCCCAUUUAGUGGUUUCAAACCCACAACCGGUACGAGUGCUUUCGGAGCGCCUCCCGCCUUUGGGGCAAAUGCCACCCCCCAACCUACAACUGGAGGAGGUCUAUUCGGGGCAACCAAUACUUCAAACAGCCUGUUCGGUGGUAACGCCACAACGUCAAGCUUCGGAACGAGCAGUGGGUUCGGUUUCGGUGCCGGCACGACCUCCGGUGGACUGUUCAAUAAGCCGACAACGAGUGGACUGUUUGGAAAUAAUCAGAAUAAUACUAGUUUUGGAGCUAAACCUACUGGUUUCGGUUUCGGUAGCACGGCCAGCACAAAUACAACCGGGUUGUUCGGUUCGGCUCCGUCCACAUCUACUGGUCUAUUCGGUCAGCAGAACACCACUCUCGGAGGUGGUGGCUUGUUUGGCAAUACUGGCGGUGGUUUUGUAACACAACAAGCGACUGGUACGGGCCACGUCAAGUAUAAUCCAGUUGUGGGCACCGAUGUGGUGGUCAAAAGUGGUUCGUCGCAGAAUGUCAAUAUAAAACACCAUUGCAUUACUUGUAUGAAGGAAUACGAUAGCAAGUCGUUGGAAGAGUUACGCUUGGAAGACUACACGGCCGGUAGGAAGGGGGCCCAAGGAGGGGGAGUGUUUGGAGGCUUUCAGCAGACCGAGAACAAACCUCUGUUCGGAGCUUCAACUUUCGGCCAACCGGCAACGACAAGCGCUCCGAGCUUAUUCGGUACGGGCAUAGGUUCGACUCCCGCCUUCGGACAAACCAAUACAUUUUCGUUCGGUAACGCGACGCAGGCGAACACAAAUACAACGGGUCUGUUCGGAGCCAACAAGCCCGCUUUCGGAGCGCCAUCUACUGGUACGGGAUUGUUUGGGGCGACAACAACACAGGCUCCCGCUUUCGGUACGAACACGUCGACAUUCGGCUUUGGUACGAACACGCAGAAUCAGCCGUCCACGGGGCUGUUCGGCGCGAAGCCGGCCACGUCGGGCUUCGGCGCGCCCGCCAGCUCGGCCUUCGGGGGCUUCGGCGCCGCGACCGGAGGCCUGUUCGGGGCCAAGCCCCAGCAGACCACGGCGCCCACCUUCGGCUCCGGCGCGCCAGCAUUCGGUGGGACACCAGCGUUCGGCGCCAAUACAUCGGGGUCCGGUCUCUUCGGGACCUCGUCAAUAUUUGGCAAACCUCAAACCACUCAAGCGUCCUUCUCCUUUAAUACACAACCAACUUUAGGCACAGGCCUAGGCGGUGGUCUAGGCACGUUUCCGGCUAAGACCGGAGCCCCGGCCUUUGGUACACUAGGCACAACUGGAACAUCGUCUCUGUUCCAACCACCGGCUCAGAACACCUUCAGAACGGGUCUAGACUCAGGUCUGGGGGGAGGAGGUCUGUUCGGCAAUACAUCAACACUCGGUAGCAAUACACUUGGUCUCGGGCAGCUGAACGCUAAUACUGGCUUGACCGGUGGUAAUUUAUCCGGUGCCUCAGCGGCUGGCAAUGUCCAUGAACAGAUACUGUCUCUAGCGGCAAGACCUUACGGAGACCAGCCACUCUUCAAGGACUUGCUACCGGAGACAUCCAAGUCCGAGGACGCUUUAAAGGCGACAAACCCUGCAGCAGUGAAGGCGGUCCUCCAGGGGGCGUCUUAUCGCGUCUCAUCGCCACCUUCUCGCCUUACCCUGGCCCCCAGACCAGUUGCUCAUGAUCGGAAAUCACUCUUCGAUGGCUUAGAAGAAUCGGACGCAAGUCUAGAAGAUAAGUUGAGUUUGAAACCAAGUCGGAAACGCCUAGUUUUAAGACCUAACCACCGUACUGAAGAAGGUGACUCAGAAAGACAGGAGAGGAACAGAUCGAUGGAAGAAACAUCGAGACAGGAACAAAACGCACAGGAGAUCAGAGAGAUGCAGAGCCCUAAGGACGACUUCAUAUCAAUAAGAGAAAUGAAGCAGAGAAACAUGGAAAAUAACAAUGUCGAUUCGAAUACGGACAGAAAUGGCAGUUGGAUGGAAUCAUCAAAACAAUCUUGGACGGAAAAAGAUAAGGGUAGCGAAGGAGAGUCCUCGCCGAGACUGUAUCCGAAUUUGGAUAAAGAACUACCCGGGCAGAUAGCAGAGAGGCGUUCGAGUUGGCUGACAACAAAACAGUUAAGAAAACCACUGGUUUCUCACCCGGAUUCGGUUGAGAAUUCAGUGAGGGAGUUGGGAGUGCGUUCGGACAGGACGUCUGAUGAUAAGGAAAAUAUUGAUACCCUCUCGGUGUCGGAAGAAGAGAAUGUCCCAACCCGGGAGAUGCCACCGCACCCCGCCGGUGUAAAGCUGACCAGACCGGGCUACUACACCAUACCGUCUUUGGAAGAAAUAGCAAAGUACAUGCGGCCGGACGGUUCGUGUGUCGUGCCCCACUUGACGAUAGGCCGCAAGAACUACGGCAAUGUGUACUUCGACUGCGAGAUUGACGUGGCCGGGAUGGAUCUCGACGCUUUAGUCCACUUCCUGAACAAGGAGGUGAUCAUCUACCCCGAUGACAACCACAAGCCGCCCGUGGGCGAGGGUCUCAACCGCAGAGCUGUGAUCACCCUGGAGCGGGUCUGGCCCAGGGAUAAGACCGAGAAGCGGCCGGUGACCGAGCCGGAUAGGUUAUUGAAAAUGGACUACGAAGGUAAACUUCGGCGCGUCUGUGACAAACACGACACCAAAUUCAUCGAGUAUCGUCCGCAGACCGGCAGCUGGGUGUUCAGGGUGGAACACUUCAGCAAAUACGGCCUAACCGACUCCGAUGAAGAGGACGACAUCACACCCGACGUGUUGAAGAGGCAAUUGGUCGACCAAAGUCUCCAAAAGUCGGCGGCACCGCCACAAAAACCUCCGGUCCCAGUCACAACGGCCGCACCCACUGUAGGCCUAGGAGGUCUAGGUGGUCUAGGAGGCCUAGGUCUAGGUGGUCUAGGAGGCCUAGGUGGCCUGGGAGGUAUGGGACUAGGGGGCCUGGGAAACAACGCCGGGCUCUCUGACGACAUGUUCGCCAUGCAACAGAGCUCUCUUAACUUGUUGAAUGGUAGCUCUAGAGUAUUCGAAAUGGACGCCAACGAUGACAAUUCCGAAGCACCAAGCCUGUAUCAAGAUAACAGAGCUUACGGUGUGAAAAGUCCCACGAGUGAACUGGCUCGUCUGGAGAACAGACGGAGUCACCACGUCCAGCUGAUGAAGGCGUCGUUGUACGCGGAUGUUGAGAUGGAGGCCGACGACGCGUCCCAGUCCACGGGCGACCAGCUGGUGCCGCUCGCCGCCCCGCCCUCGCCCGCCCCCGCCGCCGCGCCCGCCCCGCCCACCCUGCUGCGGCCCGCCUCGCCCGCGCCGCCCACCACUGCGGAAAUCGUAAUGCGGCCCCUCAUCAUCCGCCCUCACACGAUCGUUUUGAACUAUCACAGAAAAGUUCCGCCCUUCAAGCACACGAUAGCCGGUCGUCUAGACGCCGCCUGUAUCGCCGACCUAUCUGUGAGCCGCGCUCGCCAUAGUCGCAUCGGUUUCGGUCCAGCCGGGGCCCUCGCCUACGUCACUACAUAUGACGCUAUCAACGAUUUGCCUAAAACUGCCAACCUAAGCCAGCUAGGCACGUACGUACGCGGUCGAGGCGAAGACGACUGGAGCGAGCCCGCCGUGGCGCGCCUGGCGGUCGGCCGGGCGAACUGUAACGGCACACAGGACAUCCUCUCUCGUCAAUUAACCAGUCUCUUCGAGUUCUCGACAUUCGACGAAACGGACACGACGGGACCCGACGACUGUCCUCGACUUAUAGUGAAGGGGUCGCCGACUGAAAGGCUACAGUUGCUACAGAGGUUGCUGAAAGACGCGAUCGAUUGCAAGGAUCAAGUUAAUAGUUACGGUGUGUCCAGUGAAUACUAUUUGCAAGUUUGGAAGCUCUGCGAAGCCCUCUGGGGAGCCGAUUUGGAAAAUGACGGUCUACCGGGCACAGAUGAGAAGUCAAUAGUGUACAGACACAAGCGCCUGCUGGAAUGGUUGAAGGAGUCAGUUUCGAGUAUUACUGACAAAGACUUAGCUGAGACCAGAACAGGGGAGCCUGAAGACGAAACCGACGGUCACAGCAGCAGGGUGUGGUCUCUAAUAGCUGGUGGCCGUAUUCUCCAGGCGUGUACCCUGGCCAAGGAGAAUGGGGACCUUUACAUGGCAACGCUGCUGGCUCAGAACGAUGACCUCGCCUUCAAGUCCCUGAUAGCUCGUCAGCUCCGCGUCUGGCAGCAGUGCGGAGCCCUGAACCUGAUCUCCAGCAGCCGCCUCGCAGCCCUACACGCGUUGGCAGGUCUUCGCCCUCCGGAUCACUUGCAGCAACUCGACUGGUUACGAGCGUUCAAUGUUACGGCUCGCUACCUCUGCCCACAAAUACCUACGCUGGAGCAGAUAGUCCGCACCUACGAGGGUUACUUCACCCCGGACGGAGAGGGUGAUCUCUACAGCAUCCCGGACGAUGAGAUGGGAAUGCAGUUUCCUACUCCGCCUUACGUCGAUCAAUAUGUCACUAGCACGAACGGUAAGACUCGACGUGUGCUGGAUCUCCGCUACGAGUUGAUCCGGGCGAGGGCCUUCAACACUCCCCCUAAGAUCAGCCCUGCGACCUAUUCGUCAGAUCCCUUCGACUGUAGCCUGAGCUUCCCGCUGUCGCUGUGGCUGGGGGCGCCAGCAGAGGGCGCUCUGCGGGGCGCCGCGGAACAGCUGGAGGCGGCGGGGCGCUGGCCGCUGGCGCUUCAGGCGCUCACCUACCUGCCGAAGCCCCAGGCUCGAGGGCACCUCAUCCGUGAGCUACUAUCUCGGCAUGCACCAGCUCAAGUCGACACCCCGGAGAUGAAGGAACGGUUGCAGCUGGUGAGGAGGCUGCGGAUCCCGGAGAAAUGGUUGCUGGUUGCCCAGGCGCAUCGGGCUAAGUAUGAGCACAAGCCGUCCCUAGAAGUGGAGUACCUGGUGGGAGCGGAGCAGUGGAACGCUGCGCACAGGGUUCUUAUAGACGAACUGUUACCUGAUGCUGUAUUGGCUGACAAUCUCCAAAGCAUAAAGGGCAUAUUGGAGAAAAUGAGUGCAGCGGCCGAUAGACACGAGGUCAGCGGCUGGGAGAAUGGUGGGCAAGCUCUCUACCACUAUUUGAGGGUUUGUGACGAGAUCCGCGGCCUGGUCCGGUCUGCGACGGGGUCCCCGGGCGGAGCCCUAUCGGCGCGCCUGGAGGCGCUCCGGCCUGCCCUAGCGGCCGCCGCGAGAGCGCUACGAGGUCUCUCCGCCGGGUCCCCCCGUCAGUGUGCGGCUAGAGCGGAGAUGGGCGCUAGGCUAGUACAGCUCGCCCUGGCCGGGGGCGAGCCCCCUCCUCAUCUAGCAGCGCUGCUGGCGCAGCUGAGACUACCUCCAGAUUGUGCGGCUAGAGCAGCGGCAAAGAUAACCACGGACAUAGCCGAGCAGGCCUCAGAGCUAUGUCUUGACUCUACAUCAAGCUCCCCGAUAUCAUCUCACCGUCAAACUAUUAAAAGCUAAGAAUCGUAAUCUUUCGUAAAUCAAUGAUUAGAACUGUUUCACAGGUAUAAUGUGAAAUUUUGUUUUGUUUAGUUGCGUUCAUUAUUGACGAGAUUUGUUGAAAAUUAAAAAAAAUAUAUAUUCAGUCAAAAAAUUUGCAAUAAAGAAUUUAUUAGAUUUGAAACAUGUCUACAUCAUGUUAUUAGCAAUAAUUUUCAUUUUUAUAAACAAUAUUUCUAAAAUCAAAAAUAAUAAUAAUAUAAUCAGAAUUAAACA